AUGGCAGCCGCCGAUGGCCAUAAGGCUAUUUCGGUGGCCGUUCCUCGUCUGUGUUCAUUUGCAGACAUGGUACUGGACUCACCGCAGCCUCUCCCUGAGGUGUCGGUGCCUUUUAGGGCUCAUACGAAUGUGGAGGGGGAGGUUUGUGUGAUUUUUUCAAAGGAUGAAUUGGAUCGCUCUGCUGCUCCUUUUCAGUUCUCGUUGGUAUUGAAAUUCUUACGUCAAAGGCCAUCUUUAAAUGCAUUUCGGUCGUUUAUUCGGUCCGGAUGGGGACUGCUUAAGCAACCAGUAGUUUCGGCAAUGAAUAGACCAAGGAAUGUUUUUAUCCGGAUGACUUCGGAGGAGGAUUUUGUGAAAGCGUUUGCAAGAGAGGCCUGUGAUAUCGAUGGGAUUCAAUACCGAGCCUUUCACUGGAAUACGGACUUUCAGGAGGAUAAGGAACCUGUGUGUGUUCCAGUGUGGAUUUUUUUGUCGGGUUUGCCGCUGAAUUUUUUCCACGAAUCCUUUUUACGUAGUAUCACGGCCCCUAUUGGAAGGUUCCUUAAGCGAGACAAUUCUACGAAGUGCGCUACUCGAACGGAUGGAGCAAGGGUUUGUAUUGAGAUGGAUGUGUCUAAGGAACCGUUGACAGCUUUGUGGAUUGGCACCCCGAGAAACCCUCAAAGUCUUUAUCAGGAGAUCGAGUAUGAAACAUUGCCUGCAUAUUGCAUGCGUUUCCGUGUGCAAGGUCAUAAUGCGAGAACGUGUAAAUGGAUGGGUAAGCGACGGGAGGUUGAAUUGUGA